GCCACCUUCAGACGGGCUUUGAGGAGGAAACGUGACGCUUUGACACACAAACAAUAGCGCCCCUGCCACUCGCUUCAAGUCCAUUUUAGUGCGUUUAAGGGAAACUGGCAAAGUGAAAAAUAAGUACUUAACUGAGUUAUUUUACGCACCCGAAGCCGAGGAAGCAGCGAGCAAGUUAUUCGAGAACCUACCGACUCCCAAGUGAAUAAUCCGGUCCGUAUUAUUGGCUGAAGGGCCGUGUAAGCGCGGCUUGUAAAAGGAUCCCACCGUGGUCGUCAUAGUGUACAGAAAGGAGCCUACUCCUCUCUCCAGGCUCCUCAGCUAUGGGUCUGGUGGCCUGCGUGAAGAGCCUGUUCAUCCUGCAGCUGCUGAUGGGCUUUGUGUUUGUGGUGAGCGGCCUCAUCAUAAACUUCAUUCAGCUCUGCACCUGCGUCCUCUGGCCGAUAAACAGGCAGCUCUAUCGCAAGAUCAACUGCCGGCUGUCCUACUCCCUCUGGAGUCAGCUGGUGAUGCUGCUGGAGUGGUGGUCCGGCACAGAAUGCACCCUCUACACUGAACAGGCUACGGUGGACAAGUUCGGCAAAGAGCACGUCAUCGUCAUCCUCAACCACAACUAUGAGAUCGACUUCCUGUGUGGCUGGACCAUGUGCGAAAGAUUUGGCAUCCUAGGGAGUUCAAAGGUGCUUGCCAAGCACGAGCUUCUGAAGGUUCCUUUGAUUGGGUGGACUUGGUACUUCCUGGAAAUAGUCUUCUGCAAAAGAAAGUGGGAGGAGGACCGUAAGACUGUCUUCAAGGGACUGGGCCAGCUCCGAGACUAUCCUGAGUUUAUGUGGUUUCUGCUGUACUGCGAGGGAACCCGCUUCACAGAGGCAAAGCACCAAAUCAGUAUGCAGGUCGCAGAGAGCAAAGGCCUGCCCAAGCUCAAAUACCACCUACUACCCCGAACCAAAGGCUUCACCACCACCAUGCAGUGUCUCAAGGGCACAGUGAGUGCCGUGUACGACGUGACUUUGAACUUCAAAGACAACCAAACUCCGACCCUCCUGGGCAUCGUCAAUGGCAAGAAGUACAAAGCUGACCUGUGUGUGAGGCGCUUUCCUGUGGAGGACAUACCAACUGAUGAGAAGGAGUGUGCAAUCUGGCUGCACAAGCUCUACCAGGAGAAGGAUGCCCUGCAGGAAAACUACAAAAAGGAAGGCAAGUACCCCGGACCCACAAUAAUCCCCCGUCGCAGGCCGUGGACGCUGUUGAACUUCCUGUUUUGGGCCACCCUGCUGCUCUCGCCCCUCAUCAACUUUGCUUGUGGAGUGGUCGUCAGCGGCUCCCCUCUCCUCAUCAUUGGCUUUGUCAUUUUCCUCAUCAUAGCCUCAAUAGCUAUCCGCCGCCUCAUAGGGGUCACAGAGGUGAAGAAAACGGGCUCCAGUUACGGCAACCCGGAGGCCAAGAAACAAAACUGAAGUGUGCCCCCCCCCCCCCUCCCCCCACAUGCGGCCACUCUUCGGUAUCUCUCCCUUUCCCAAAUCCCUUUUACCGUUGAGUCAGCUGGUGCUCAGGGGAGGAGAUGCAGCUGUUGUACAUUAAAAAUACUAAUGGCACUAGAUUGUGAGUGAGCAAAGAGGGCCUGGGUUCAAAGCCUCUGUUGUAUAUAAACAUGUAAAGGGGGGAGAGGGGAUGCACCACUGGAUUCCCUUCCAUCCUUCUUCGUUAAUCCCACCGCCUUCAUCCAAGUUCUGUUAAAUCCCGGUAACACGCGAGGUUAAGCUUCUCACCGGUCUCAGAAGAGAAGAAAUCUGGGUACCCGGCAGAUUUAAUUUAAUGUGCGCUGAGUCUGAGACACCGCUGACACUUCUUCUGCUCCUCCAAUACAACGGUGGUGAGUGGAAUGUUGACUAUUCUGGAAAUGUACAUUUGAGACUGAUUACUUAUCAGUUUCAUGUUGUAAAAACCGACCACAUUGAGAUCAUUGGAUUAUCAAAGUAGGAUGGUUUUAUGAAAUUCGUCAUUUCAGGUAUCAUUUAAAAUAAUUUGAGCAGCAGCACUGACAUCCAGUCCGGCUGCAUUGUAUUUGGGUAGCAGCCAGAAGUCAUGGUAGAUAUCUCCAAACAACUCCUGCAUCAUUCCCAUGCUUAAGAUAAUGCAAGGGUGGAAAGGUCCUUUUUAAAAAAAUUAAUAAAUAAAUAAUUCUCCAUAUUCUGUGACAUGGCCCCUUAACGUCUCGGCUAGGCCAGUGUCUGCUGAACUAAAGCAAGGGCUCUGAAUGUAAAACCGGUCCUCAUCAAGGACUCCUACCAUCUGUUACAGGUCUCCUUUGUAGCUCGCACUACCAACUCGCACUCAUUGAUUGAUUUGAUUGGUUGAUUUAUUAUUUUAUUUUUUCUUCACAUAUUGUCAUUCAUUAUUUCAAAGCAUUGGUGUGUUUCGGUCCAAACACUGGCGCUGUUCCACUUGCCUCCCUCCUCCUCCCCCGAUGCGUUGGAAUGCUGUGCACACUGCUCUGCUUUUGUGUCUGACGUUCAGUGGGGCCCGAUUCCAGAAUCGGGUCACGAGCGUCUCCAUGCGGCCUCGCAGCUGUCCGCGGAUCAGUUUUCUUUCCUGGCGUAGACUGGUAGUGAUGUUUAAACCUCUGCCUUAAGGGGUCCCCCCCCCCCCCCCCCCCCAUAUACACUUUGAAACCGUGUCCACUUUGUUUAAAGGUUCACUCUCUGCCCCCUACAGGGCAUAGAGGAGCAGUGUGCAUUGAUUCGGUUAGAUUACCAAAGCAAAUGAAUAAUUGAAAGCCAUUUCUAUUUCAAGUUGUCUGUGUGUUGCUUCUUUGUGGUCUUUUGUAUUCUCGUCCCAGUUGGUUGUCCAUACAUCUCACUCGGCUCCUGCAGUACCGGCUCAAUGGUCUUAUCCAGUUGAUGGCCAGUCCAAAAUGCAAACGAUGGUAGCAAGACCCCCCCCCCCCCCUCAGCCACAUGUGGUGUUAAUCAUGCAUUUUGUUUGUUUGAAUGUUCCUCACUCAGCAGCAGUUUGUUGUGUUCAUCCCCUCAGUGUGGCGUUGUCAGAUCAGACCGAUAUCAUAUAAGCCUUAAUAGACAGUGCUGCUUCAACUUGUGGAAAUGUAGACGCUAACUGAGCCCCUGUAGUGUCCUCCUGUAUCGCAAGCAAGUUGCUGGAAUUAGUUGCCAAGCAGCUUGUUCUAGAGUUAAUUCGGAAUUAAAAAGAAAAUAGGCGAGAUGAAUUCUGCUCUUGUGCACAAAAAGCUCCGUUUGUAUCCGUUCAGGUUGUUCAGUUGCUUCACUUGUUUGUUUACAGCUUCAGUAUCUUGGCCUGCCAUCUUCUUUCCUCCAGAGAUCUGAUCAGAUACCAAUGCAAUCCAAUUCUUCGCGUCAUUCAGAAGCAACAAGAAUGCUGAGAAGUUAAAAGUAUUCAAAACCAUUCAUUUUUCACGGAAUGUUUUCUAUUCUGUAAAGAAAUAUUAAUAUAAUUUGUGGUCUAAUGGAAUCAAAAAACAUAACAAAUUUAAUGAUUUUCCUUUUAGCUCAAGGAUAUUUGAGUUAAUGGCACUUGUGUCAUCUUUGUUUUCUAAAGCUAUUUUUAUGUUUUCUUCAAAUUAAUACCCUUGAUAAAAUUAAAGGAUUUAAUCACAGCAACUCUUAUUCUUUUUGACUUUUUGUAUUUGUGAGUUUCUCUGUUUGCACACUGCGAGUCCAGGGGAAGUUUAAUCAACCUUUAGUCAACUUCUUCCUCAGUGCAUCUCAUCCAUCAACAGAGCCGUUGUCACAUUUACAUCCAUCCUCAGUCAUUAAUAAUAACACAUCCACAUUUUUUCAGUAGGACGGUGAGACGUGUGAACUAGACCCGUUUACAAAAGCCUGAUGGUGACGUCAAAUUGCAGAGAUUUCAGUGGUGGUUAUUUAGUAGUAGACCUUUUGACUGACACAAUGUCCCAACUGUCAAUCAAUUGUCAGAAAGAUUUAGUGUAUAGUCACAUGGCGUAUGAGAGGAUGUUAAGAGAUUGUAUAAUUGUGUACAUAAUGUAAAGGAUUAUGAUCACUUUUAGAAAAGGCAACAAUGCCUUUUUCUUUUAUUCUUUUCUUUGGCAGUAGUUCUUUUGAAUGACGAGCCUGGAGUUCAGGCUACAACCAAAUGUUUCCCCCGGUGGAAAAAGCUGCAGCGUAAGAAGAUGUCAAACGUUCGGAGCUGUAGUUCCCUUCAGUGACUCUUUGAGAUGAAAGCCACAGGCAGAACGCUGUAGUUCAGCACAGGUGAUGCUUACACAGCAUAUUUCCAACAUUGUAAUUAUCUGUGGUUUCUUUUUGCAUGGUCACUGAAUCGAGUUAAUUCUAACUCAGGGACGCUUUUUUUUCCUCCUUUUUUUCUUUUUUAAGACUGGCAAUGCAGUAGCUGUGGCAUCAACUCUGAAUUUGAACCUGAAUAAAGAUGCUUUCUGAGGAA